AGUCAGUUGUCAAACGGAUUUUUGUGAAUGGCCACUGUCGCUCGGAAGCGGCGUCGCGCAGUCUAAUUGCCGUUUUAAUUGAAAAAUUAUAAAACUGUAAUUAAUACGCGUCAGUUUUUUUAUGAAUAAGUGCAUUGUAACCAGAAAAAAAUAUCAUAUCCGAAGAAAUUUAAAAUAACUAUUCAUUAAAGCGUAAAUUCACAAAAAUAUAGUUAAAAUCGUAAAAUCUUUACGUAAAUAUGAGUGUUUGUCGAUCUAGCGUGUCUCAGUGACGGGGACGCUACGGGAAAUGUAAUCUAGUGUUAAGGGAAAAGGAAUAUUCGGAGCCCUUAGUGGGCGAACAGCCAUGGCAGGAGACGAGUCCAGUGUUCGUGUUGCAGUCAGGAUCCGGCCGCAAACGCCAGCUGAAGUUCUAGAAGGAUGCGGCAUAUGCGCACGCGCAGGCGGGCCAGCGGGCGAGGGCGGCGUCGCACUGGGCACCGAACGUGCGUUCACUUUCGACUACGCGUUCGAACCCUGCACCUCGCAGCAGGAGGUAUACGACACCUGCGUCAGGAAGCUGGUGGAGGCGGCACUCGACGGCUACAACGCGACUGUACUCGCUUAUGGACAGACUGGCUCAGGCAAGACAUACACGAUGGGCAGCGGCUGGGAGGGCGAGGGCGAGUGUGACGACGACAGACGCGGCAUCAUCCCGCGCGCCAUCCGCGACCUCUUCGCCGGGGCCGACGCGAGGGCGGAGGAUGCGCGCGCGCAGGGACAGCUGCCGCCCGAAUUCUCCGUGCAGGCGCAGUUCAUCGAGCUGUAUAAUGAAGAUAUUGUAGAUCUGCUGGAUCCAGCGAAGGAUCCGUUCGCUAAGGGCGCCCUCCGAAUAACAGAAGACGGUUGCGGCGGAGUUAAAAUAGUAGGGGCUUCGAUGCGGGCAGUCAGAGGAGUGAGAGAGGCACUCGGAGCCCUCAGAGCAGGGGCCCUCGCAAGAACCACAGCAGCGACUAACAUGAAUUCGACUUCCUCGCGGUCGCACGCGGUGUUUACUCUCCUACUACGGCAGAGGAGGCUAGCAGCUGACCAGGAUCCAGCAGAGAGGGAAGCAGAAACAGACGCGCCAGAGCAGUACGAGACGCUGACUGCCAAGUUCCAUUUUGUCGACUUGGCUGGAUCUGAACGGUUGAAGAGGACAGGAGCGACGGGCGAGCGAGCCAAAGAGGGUAUAUCAAUAAACUGCGGUCUACUAGCGCUGGGUAACGUGAUAUCAGCUCUCGGGGACAAGUCCAGGCGAGUGAUGCACGUGCCGUAUCGAGACUCCAAGCUGACGAGGUUACUGCAAGACUCGCUGGGAGGCAACAGCAACACGGUAAUGAUAGCGUGCGUGUCACCGAGCGACAGGGACUUCAUGGAGACGCUCAACACUCUCAAGUACGCGAACAGAGCGCGCAACAUCAAGAACCGGUGCGUCGUGAACCAGGACCUCACCUCGCGCACCAUACACCAGCUGCGGCAGGAGGUGGCGCGGCUGCAGCUCGAGCUCGCCGAGUACAAACAGGGAAAACGCGUGAUAGCCGAGAACGGCGAGGAAGGCUGGAGUGAUGUGGUGCAGGAGAACGCGAUCCUGACGAGCGAGGUGGAGGCGCUGCGGCGUCGCGUGAAGGCCAUGCAGGGCACCAUCGAGCAGCUCUCCGCGAGGAACUCCGCGCUCGUCGCCGAGAAGGCGCUCGCCACCUGGACACCCAAGGAGGGCAGUCCUGAUGCCAAUGACUGCUCGCUUACUGCUCUCGUGCAGGGUUAUGUGAGCGAGAUAGAAGACCUGCGCACGCAGCUGAUGGAAGCGAACGCGCUGUACGAGACGAGCAGGCGGCGCGAGGCCGUCGCUCGCACCAGGAACGACUCCGUGCACGACCCGUCCGCGGUGUUAGACGACGCCAAGCGGGAGCUGUAUAAGGAGAAAGAGUUGCUGGCAAGGAGUAUGGGCGAGAUGGAGUUCCAGCGUAAAUUGAACAUGACGGACAGCGUGAUGAGCACCGACGAUCGACCCAUGGGCGAGAGAGAGAGGGCGGAGGGCGAGAGUGCUGACGACUCUGACCCGUCUGAUGUUGAUGGAGACGCUACUGAUUCCGAUGAGGACUCAGAGGCUAAAGGUCAACGUGCACUAUCAGCGCAACUAGCAGCUUUAAGCGAGGACAUCGACACGAAGGCGCGCCUGAUCGAGCAGCUGGAGGUGUCGCAGCGCCGCCUCGCCGCCCUGCGCACGCACUACGAGCAGCGUCUCGACACGCUGCACCACCAGAUCAAGGCCACCACCGACGAGCGCGACAAAGUGCUGGCUUCACUGGCGACUCAAGCGUCCCCGCCCAGCGAGAAGCUGAAGCGCGUGAAGGAGGACUACGAGCGGCGCGUGUCGGCGAUGUCGCGCGAGCUGAAGCGGCUGCAGGCGGCGCAGCGCGAGCACACGCGCCUGCAGCGCUCGCAGCAGCACGCCGCCACGCAGCUCGCCACGCUGCGCAACGAGCUGCAGCACAUGAAGCGCGAUAAGGUGAAACUGGUGCAACAGAUGCGCGCUGAGGCGAAACGUCACGCACAGGCCGAGGCGGCGAGAGCUAAAGAGGUGGCGCAAUUGCGUAAGGAAUCGCGGAAGAAUGCGAACCUCAUACGGUCGUUGGAGGCCGAAACGAAACUCAAGGAGCAGGUAUUACGUCGCAAGCAGGAGGAAGUGUCGCUCCUAAGGAGAGGGCAUAGGGAUAAACUAAGCAGUCGGGCGGCUGGUAUACUGCACGGCGGGCGGUCCCGCGGGCACAAGUCAGCGCGGGCGAGUCGCGAGGCGUGGUCGCGGCUGCAGUGCUGGGUGUCGCGCGCGUGCGCCGCGCGGGCCACGCUGGGCGAGCUGGAGGCCGCGCUGGAGCGACACCUGCGCCGGCGCGAGGCCGCGCGCCACCACGAGCCCGACACCGCGCCGCUCCUCGCGUACCUUCGCGACGCCAUCGCGGAAACGCAGGCGCAAAUCAUGCAGAUAGAGGAGGAAAAUGACGAGAACGAGCUCCCUCGCCUGCUGGACCACGUGGACAGCGUGGCGGCGGGACGGUACGCGCUCGAGCGCAUGUCCGCGCUCGCGCUGCAGCACGCACAGGAGGCCGCCAGGAACCUCAAGAUGCUCAACGAUACCAAAGCGCAGCUCAAAGAGGUGGAAGAGAACGCAGAGCGUACAGCCCGGCUGCUGGCGGCGGCGGACGAGCAGAACCUCAACCCGUGGGGCGCGCCGCCCGCGCUCGCCGCGCUGCUCGCGCACGUCUCCUCCGGCACCUCCACGCGCUCCGUCUCGCCCGUCGACAGUACGUUCUUCGAAAACCGGCAAACUACUACUAACGGCGUAAGGGAGACGAACACGGCACCCACGUCACCGCCAGAUGACAAUUCAAAUUCUCCUUUCCAACGCAACACCGGGCGGCGCGGGUCGGUGCGGCUGCGCGACCUGGGCGUGGUGUCGCGCGAGGAGGACGCGAUGUCGCAGUCGCUGGUGGAGCCGCCCGCGCUGCGCCCCGCGCCGCUCAGCAGGGUGCCCAGCGCGCCCGGCAGUCUAAGAGGUCUACAACCCGUGGGUGCGUCGUCACCAGUGAGCACACGCCGCCCCCCUCCCCCGGAAAGCCCUCGCCCGCCGAGACGACAACCCAACAUCUCCAAACCAGCCUCCUUAGAGGCGGGCGCGGCGUCGGGCACGCCGCCCGCCUCGCCCGGCGCCACGCGCCGCGCGCGCGACGACGACGUGUUCCUGCGGCUCGCCGGCGCCGGACACGACAACUCGCCGCAGGGCGUCGUCAAGGAGCUGGCGCAGAAGCGCAUUAGUGGCGGUAUGACCAGCUCGAACGCGUGGAUUCAGUGCACGCACGUGGCGGAGGGACACGCGGGCGCCGCGCUCGCGCUCGCGGCUACACACCAUCUGCUGUACAGCGGGGGCGUCGACCGCACGGUCCGCGGCUGGGACCUGUCGCUGGGCACGGAGGCGUGGCGCGGCUGGUGCGGCGGCGCGGUGUCGGCGCUGGCGGCGGGCGAGGCGGACGGGCGCGGCGAGGGCCGGCUGCUGCUGGCGGCGGCGGGCGGCGCCGUGCGGCUCUUCGACACCAGGAGCCGCACGCCGCUCACCACGCUCUGGUCGUCUGGCGUGAGCGGGCUGUGUCCGUCGAGCCGCGGCAUCGCGGGCGAGGUGGCGGUGACGGCGCUGGCGCUGGCGCACUCGCACCGCCUCUACACCGCCGCCGGGGACAAGCUGCGGCUGUGGGAUCUGCGCAUGUUGGAGAGCAUUUGCAAAGUGUGGUCAGGCCACGCGGCGGCAGUCAUGUGUCUCGCACUGGGCAUGGGCACCAACGGCGAUCUCGUCGCGACCGGCUCGAAGGACCACUACGUCAGAACCCUGGAGAUGCAACCCCAAGAUGCAGGUGGUUGGGAAGCGAGUAAUCGUCGUUUGCUCGAGCCGCCGCACUACGACGGCGUGCAGGCGCUCGCGCUCUGCGACGACGUGCUCUACAGCGCCUCCAGGGACACCAGCCUCAAGCGGUGGAGUCUCACCGACAACUCGCUUACACAUAGCGUGAUGAACGCGCACAAGGGCUGGGUGACGGGCGUGUGCGUGGUGGGGCCGGAGGCGGAGCGCGUGGUGGCGUCGUGCGGGCGCGACGCGGCGCUGCGGCUGUGGAGCGCCGCGCUGCGCCCCGCCGCGCCGCCCGCCGCGCUGCCCGACGCUGCGCAUGCGCUGCGCCCGCAUCCGCGACACGCGCUGCGCGUGCUCUACACCGCCGGCAAUGACGGGCGUGUACGGUGCUGGCGGAUCCGGCAGUACAGAUGACCGUGGUCGGCGCCGGGCUCGCCGGGACACGCGCCGCCGCGCCGCCCGCCGCCGCGCCGCGCCUGGAGGUGACGCACGCGCACGCACCGACACCAAGCACACACGGGUUACACCGACGGUUGUUUUGUGUUGACCUUGCGUACAUAUCAUGGUAUUGCGUGACAGUGAGUACCUUUAAACUACAAUUGUAUUAUGCAAUUAGACGUAAAAUGGUUUUGAGCGAACAAGAUGAGUAAUAAUUGUCAUAGUUGUGUUUUGUUGUACUCACGAACACGCAAUAUUGAAGAAGAGAUCUAAUAAAUUAUUAUUUUGCUUUUGUGUAACAAAAGUAUGUUUUCGAUACAAGGUGUCGAAAUAAAGUUUUGCGCUUUGACACGCUUUCAAGACAUGUGAAAUAUAUCAGACGCUAUAUGAAAUUGUUUUGAAUUAACUAAAUCUUAAUAACAGUGUUAUAUGUGGACGGCUUAUUAUAACGAAUAGUAUUAAUUAAACAAUUAAAAGACAAUUAUAAUCUUUAGUAAAAAUUGAGACGCGCUCAAAGUUAUUCUUUAUAUAUUACGCCUUAUGCUAAUCAAGAGGAACUAUAUAUUUUACUAACAAGACUAAUGUUACACUUACAAAAUUAGUCGAUGCUCGAUACUAAUAUAUGACAGAAUCGAUAAAGACAAAAAUACUCAGUAGU